CCCAGCAUUUUCACAAGCCACAGAGAGGACUUUUUGAUGAAUGACAUAUUGCUGCCGUGGGGAGGAUGCACGGCACAUUUUGAGAGCGCCUCUCCUCUCUUCGCCUUCCAUUCUUCCAUUUAUUGCGUCUUGCUUAUAAAAAGCUUUAGAGACUCUCUCCAUUUUAGAGACACUUGUAUGCGGAUUUAGCGCCAGCAUCCAGCCCCGUGGACCACUUUUCUUCUGGCUUCCCUUCUACCCCUGCAAGGCUUGAUGAUGGAGAGGAUACGAAAGGAGAUGAUACUGAUGGAGAGGGGUCUGCACAGUCCGGUAGCGGCCAAGAGGCUCGCAGACUCGGCGGGGAAUUCCGUGCUCGAGGCCCUGGAGAACUCCCAGCACGGAGGACGGCUCAGCCCGAGAAUAACCUCCGCUUCCCUGCAUGGGAGUCUGGGGGACAUGCCGAGCAAAGGCAAGUUUGAGAUCGACAGUCUCUUUGGCUCACACCACGGCGGCGACAGCAGCCCCUCGGCGGAAAUUUCCUCCUCAGAAAGCCGGAAGAAAUUGAGCAUUUACUCGGAAGUUUCCCAGGAAUCGGACAUCAACAGUGAUGUGGAGGUGGGAUGCCCCACGCAUCGCUCUCCCAGCCAGCACAAAGAAAACAAAGGUAGUUUUUCAGACAGUAAUUCCGGAUCCUCCAACACAAGUUCAAGCUCCCUGUCCGGCAUGAAUGGAAACUCCACGGGGGCAUCGAACAACAGCAACUCUAACGCCGACCAAGUCAGGAGGUACCGGACAGCCUUCACCAGAGAGCAAAUUGGGAGGCUGGAGAAGGAGUUUUACAGGGAAAAUUACGUUUCCAGGCCGAGAAGAUGUGAACUGGCUGCUGCUCUCAACCUGCCUGAAACAACAAUUAAGGUGUGGUUCCAGAACAGGCGUAUGAAGGACAAGAGGCAGAGGUUGGCCAUGUCUUGGCCCCAUCCAGCGGACCCCAGCUUCUAUACCUACAUGAUGACGCACGCGGCCGCCACAGGAAGUCUCCCGUACCCCUUCCACUCGCACAUGCCCCUGCACUACUACCCGCACGUCGGCGUCACGGCGGCCGCGGCAGCAGCGGCCGCGACCGGCGCCGCGUCCUCGCCCUUCGCCACUUCCAUCCGGCCCCUCGACACCUUCCGCGCUCUCUCGCACCCUUACUCGCGGCCGGAGCUCCUGUGCAGCUUCCGCCACCCGGGACUCUACCAGUCACCGGCAGGCCUCAACAGCUCCGCGGCGGCAUCAGCUGCGGCCGCUGCUGCGGCUGCCGCGGCGGCGGUCAGCGCUCCGUCUGCCGGCGGGCCUUGCUCGUGUCUGAGCUGCCACAGCAGCCAGGCGGCCGGCGCGUUGGGCUCCAGGGCCGCCGGCGCCGACUUCACCUGCACGGCCUCGGGACAGAGGUCCGAGAGUGGAUUUUUGCCCUACUCGGCGGCUGUUCUCAGCAAGACCUCCGUGCCGUCACCGGACCAGCGAGAGGAGACGUCACUCAACAGAUAACUGUAAACAGCCAUCAUUUUCUCCACUCUAAACACUCACAUUCCCUGCACACACUGGCAGUAGUAUUAUUAUGUUAUCGUAAGGCUGAUUCCAGCCCAAAAGACACUAACUCUUGCGAAGAAAUAUUUUCUAAUGGACCCACUGUAGCCAACAAUUAUUAUUUCAGACAGAUACGGAGUCAUUCAUUCAUCCAAUAUUGGAGUGAAAUGUCACAAAACACCCACACACAUAUUGUGUCUUCACACCUAUUGUUGCAUUUCAUUUUAAGCCUUAAAACACGCGUAGAUUGUGUCUUUGUGCCUCAGUUACUGUAAACAAUUUAGCAUAUUUAACGUUACAUUUUAUUUAGUCAUCGAUUGUAAGUUAAAGCACAAAAGAGACUCAAAUUGUGUUAAAUUCUUAAUCAUUAUUGACCCCCCCCCCCCAAAUCUCCCUAAUAGUGAGUCACUUUUUGUAAUAAUAAUAUUUAAAAUUAUAAUUUUACAGCAAUAAAAAAAUCCUUAAAUUGUUAGUCUCAAUUAUUUUGGCCGAUUUUCCAAAAUUCACAAAUCCCUCCCACUGUUUUCUAUUUUUAAGGUAUAUUUUGUAUCAAAAAUAGUAAAUGAAAACCUCAAUAUUUACCUCACUAUAGAGUGACUCACAUAUUAUUUCCAAACAGUAACGAUGUUUUCACAUCCCAGUCAUUCUCACAAUCAAUUUCCACAUUUCUAUCACGUUUUAAAAUCCCUCCAAUUGCACAAAAGUGACAUUAACAUUCUAUAAAAAGGAAACGUGCAUUCCCAGCGUGCAUCUAUCUACACGAGCUCCUCUGCAUUUUUUUGCAUUUGUGCCAUGCAGCACGCCUUUCCUCACUAUAGAAACAGAGCAGAUUUUUUUUUGUUUUGGCAGCAGAGAGCAUCUUUGCAGCAGCACCUCUGCUCUGUGGGGACUCUUCUAAUCAGCUUGCAGGCGCACAUCAUUUUGCAUCGCCUCUUUCUUGUCAAUUCCUCUCUUAAUAAUGCGAGGAUGAUGACAAAAAUUGCCAAUCAUGCACCCUAGAUGGAGCUCCUUUGGAAGAGGCGGCUGCAAAGGGAACUUGCUCGUUUUGAGACCCGCUGUCAAGUCCUAACAACCCGCGGAGGGAAGUCAUUAGACAUACAAAAGAGCUGAGACAAAGCGAAUGCUGGUACACUGAAAACGCUGUAUAUGUAUAUAAAUAUAUAUAUAUGGUUAAUAAGUCGCUUGCAAAUAUGAUGCACAAAUACUACAAGGAAGCCCUCAAAUGUGGAAAAUACCUCAAUAAACCCAGUAAGUCCUCAAUUAUUUACAGUGAAGACCAUUAUAUCAAAAACAGUUUUCCAUACAAUCCCUACAGGAGAUCCUCAUCUCACACACACGCGCACACGCACGCACACACACACAUACCAGGCGACACAUUCAGACAAACCAGCCUGUUUUACAAUCUGUCUGCGCCUGUGUACUAUUUUAUUCGUUCCUAUAUGGGACAUCACCGAUAUGUUAAUUAUCAAACAUGUGAAUUGUAAAUUGUGGAAUAUUUUGCAAAUAUCAUUGGUAGUUCUACUGAUAGCUGAAAGCCGAAUCGUUUGGGGGGAAAUGCUUCAUAAAAUGUGGAUGUUAUGAUUUUUUUUUUGUUUGUUUGUUUCAUUUUGUGUGACUUUCUGAAUGUUGUUAAUGUUAAAAACACUGGAUGUGAGCCUAUACACAAAAUUGGCCUGUAACAAUUGCCCAUUUCAGAAAAAAAUGACAAAUGAAUAUUGUUUUUUUUUUACAGCCACCACGCCCCCCAAAUGAGGCUUUUGUUCUUUUUUUUCAAAAGGAGCUGAUGAACAAGCACUGACAGAAUGAAAAUAAUAUUGAUCAUUUUUUACC